CUUUUGGCAAUGCAUAUUUUCCUUUUGAAUGAAUACAUUUCCCAAUGAAAUACAGCAAAGCGACAUUUUCUAAAUAAGUUGAGAAAACCCACUAACUUCAAUUACGCAAACAUCAGCACUGCUGUGUUAAAAUACUGUUUGCCUGCUCUUUGUCAGUUAGUUAAUAAAGAGGUAGCAAUGAGUAUAUUUGUUUACACGAACAACAAAUGCUCUGCUUCCCUCUAUGGGUUUCUUUCGUCCGAUGCAGAUUAUCUGGAUGCGUACGGGGAUUUUAGCACCGUCGGCUGGUUCUCCUCACGAGGGGAAGCCCGUCCAUAUUUGUUUAAAAGUCUCUUAGCAGUUAAUAAAGAUGCAUUUCCUCCGUAACCCCUUCCUGUGGGGACGGUAUCAAGGCUCUGCUAAGUCCCUUUGAUUUCACCUCCCCGCCAAUCAGCUGUGGACAUUGGCCACUCAUUGUGCCACUUCAAAGGCUGGGAAUGGGUCCUUAGGCCCCUCCUACUCCAGGACUCCCCUUAAAAGCGGAGGACACCCCUUCCUGCAGAUUCACAGACCUCACACCCUCCCCGUAUCUCCUUUGGACUAAGCGUUGAGAAGCUGCGGCCUCUACCUGUGGACCUUACUGGGAGCUCGUAGUGGAUGCAGAGCAUCAGGAGCUGCAGAGCCCGCUGACGAUUGGACAUUAAUUCUGCUCUGGAGGCCCCUGGUUCCUAAUCCCUUCCUGGAAUCCUCCUUUUCUGUGCUGACCAGAUCAUCUCUGAAAAAUGCAGCCCAUUCGCGAUCUGAAACCCAACUUCAGCAUCCCUUCCUCAUCCUCUGUGGCAGCGGGCCCAGACUCCUAUCACCAGGGAAACGUCAGGAUGACACUGGAUGACUCGUACCUGUGGAAGGCCUUCCAUGAGGUUGGGACAGAGAUGAUCAUUACCAAGCAGGGCAGGAGGAUGUUUCCGCACUGUAAAAUAAAUGUCUCUGGGCUGCUGCCCUACGCCAAGUACAUCAUGCUGGUGGACAUGGUUCCGAUCGACGCCUUCAGGCACAAGUGGAACAAGGACAAGUGGGAGGUGGCGGGGAAGGCGGAGCCACAGCCCCCCUGCAGGACCUACCUGCACCCCGAUUCGCCGGCCCCGGGGAGCCACUGGAUGAAGCAGUCAGUGUCCUUCCUGAAACUCAAGCUGACCAACAACACCCUGGACCAACAUGGCCAUAUCAUCCUGCACUCCAUGCACCGCUACCAGCCGCGCUUCCACAUCGUGCAGGCGGACGACCUGUUCAGCGUGCGCUGGAGCGUCUUCCAGACCUUCACCUUCCCCGAGACCUCCUUCACCGCCGUCACCGCCUACCAGAACACCAAGAUCACGAAGCUGAAGAUUGACCACAACCCCUUUGCCAAAGGUUUCAGAGAUGAGGGCACUAACACUAAAAGACGUGCACACAGAACUGAACCCUAUCCAGAGAAAAUGGCAAAGAAAAUGAACAAUAUGGACAAGGAGCAUGAGAGUCCUCCAGAUUUCCGCAGGUCGCCGUACAACGCCUACGAAGACGAGCACAUGGGGCACCCCAAGAGCAAGGACGGGGUUCCGGUUAAAGAGGAGCGCUACUCGCCCUGGGGUCCCGAGCAGGACCCGUCCCUCAACAUACGCACGGACUCGCCCCUGGGCGCCGACGCCCGGGACAUGUACAACUCAGAGCAGCUGGUGCCCACCCCAGCCAGCUACCAGCCCUACAGGAGUCACGAAUACGGAAAGUCGCCCUCUCCCUCCUCCAGCGCGGGCAGCAGUACUGGACGGCCCAGCUACGAGUCCAGGGUCCCCGAUGUGGCGACCGUCCCGGAGCACGACGCCCCGAAAUCCCACGCCCUGGAGAUGGGGCCCACCUCGUGCGCCCCACAGCUGCCACCUGGGCCCCAGGACUACCCGGGGGUCCUCAACAUGUCCAUGCCCCCCGCCAGCAAGCCAGGGGUCCUGGGACACCACCUGUACGCCCCCUACAGCACGGAACAGGCCCUCGGCCAGUGGGGCGGCCCCGCCCCUGGCCAGUACCCCCCUCCUCCUCCACACCACCUGCCCGCAGAGUACAGCACGCAAGCAGUGCAUCAUGGGUAUCACCACGGCAACGUGGCCGACUGGAGCCAGUACCCCCUUUUCUCCUACUCCUGCUGGUGAACGGCACCAGGCCAGCCUCAGACCAAGCAAUCCCACUGCUGCAGAGCGGGAGGCUGCUGUGGACUUGAGCAAGGCAGCGCCUGCCAGUGACUCCUUUACAUCGUGCUGCCAUGCAACCUCGCUUGCUUACUGACUGAGCCGCUCUUGUUUAGCCACACCUCGUAUAAGACGCUCUAGCCAGGGCUGGAGACUGGACCCCGGGCUGAAGGAGCAGCCAGCAUGCUGAGAUGCUUGAACAGCUCCCUCUACGGAGACGCUAACAGAUAUCUCACAGCUCAGUGUCAGUUUGUUGCCGUUCUGCUGUUUCGUAGACUACAUUUCCCAAAGGGCUCCGAAAUGAUGUCAUUGUGAAGCCCAUAUUCCAUCCUUUGGGAGACCUCCAAGUUGACAUAAAGAAACUCUUGUGUGUUUUUCAGAUGUUUAUUUAUUUUGUGAUUGCAAUUUAUUUCUCCCCUGCUGUUAAAUAUUAUUUUUGUAAAAACGUUUAGAAUCUUUGGUUGGUAUAAAGUGUUUUAUUGAAAUAGAAUUAUGAAAUGGCAAAUGAAAAAAAAUAAAUAAAUGAAAUGGCCGUGGGAAAGCCCAUUAAAAGGAGUUUUUGGUUUCAUUUUCAAAAAUGUUCCUGGUGCCGUUGUUGUGAAAUCUGCUGCAUUGAUAUAUAGCCAUUGUAAAAUAUUGGGGAGAGCAGCUAAAAUGCCUGUAUGUAUUGACAGUGCACUGCUGAACUUGUAUUUCUGAAACAUCAGGAAUGACUAAUGUGACUAAUGCACAGGUUAAACAUGUGCCCCAAAUUGGUGUACCUUCUGUUUGUAUGCUUCAUGUGCCAAAUAAACAAUGAAAAACAUAAAACAA